UGUAUUGUCAAGCGCUGGAUGGAUGGAUGAGAGAAGAAAGACAAUGGCGAAGAUUUGUACAGAGCAGUCCUACCCAUCCCAACACAGGCUUUCGGUCCGAGCCUCUGAAGAUGAACUGGACCGGACUGAAAAUGGCGCAAGCAGGGCACAUUCUCUAUGUGAGGACACUUCCUCUGACAUGCAGGGGAUCAUUUCUUCUGCAGCCAGCCAGUUUCAGGAAUCCAGGAGAAGCUCUUUCACAGGUGCUGGGGCUAUGGCAAGGCUCACCCAGUUUCUGGUAAUGCUGAGGAGCUGGGCAUCACACAGGCUUCACAGAGAGGUUGAGCGUCCCGACUCCUUCUUGGAGCGAUUCCGUGGACCUGACCUCAAAGACUUAUCUAGUCGAGGAAGUAAUGCCCGAUCCUCUAUAGGCCUUCCUGACAGGACUCAUAAGAGGAAAAAAGCCAAUCACUGGCCGCUGGCAGCUUACAAUAUGAACAACUGCAACAACACAGAUGACAAAAAGGAGGACAAAAAGGAAGAAAUAAAAAAUGAAGACAAAAAGGAAGAGAAAAUAGAUGAAAAACAGGACGAGAAAAAAGAUGAGAAAAAGGAUGAGAAAAAAGACGAAAAGAAGGAUGAUAAGAAAGACGAUAAAAAGAAAGAUGCUCCUCCUCCGCCGAAAGAAGUGUGGAUCAUGGAUCCAGCCUCAGACAAGUAUUACAGAUGGCUUUCAGUCAUAGCAGCCCCAGUGUUUUACAACCUGAUGAUGCUGGUGACAAGGGCCUGUUUCAAUGAGCUUCAGAACUCUUACACAGUGCUUUGGAUCAUCAUGGACUAUACUUCAGAUGCAAUCUAUUAUGCAGACACGUUUGUCAGAUCAAGAACAGGCUUCUUGGAGCAGGGUCUCCUCGUCAAAGACGCGAAGAAGUUGAUGGAUCAUUACAGGCAAAUCCCCCAGUUUAAAUACGACAUGAUUUCAAUGAUCCCGACGGAUUUGUUAAUGCUGAAAGUGGGAUUCAACAAUCCUGAACUUCGCUUCAACCGCCUUUUCAAAAUGGCACGUCUCUUCGAGUUCUUCGACCGCACAGAGACCCGAACAAACUAUCCGAACAUUUUCCGUAUCAGUAACCUUGUACUUUACAUCCUGAUUAUUAUUCACUGGAACGCUUGCAUUUUCUUUGCUAUUUCCAAAACGAUUGGCUUUGGGACUGACACAUGGGUAUAUCCAAACAUCAGCCACCCUGAAUACGGCCGCUUGGCCAGAAAAUACAUCUACUGUCUGUACUGGUCCACUCUGACUCUCACCACCAUCGGAGAAACGCCGCCUCCUGUUAAAGACUUCGAAUACUUGUUUGUCGUUAUGGACUUCCUCAUCGGAGUGUUGAUUUUCGCUACCAUCGUCGGUAAUGUCGGCGCCAUGAUCUCCAACAUGAACGCUUCCCGUGCUGAAUUUCAGGCUAAGAUCGACUCCAUCAAGCAGUACAUGCAGUUCCGGAAGGUCAGCAAAGAUCUGGAGGCCAGGGUCAUCAAAUGGUUUGACUACCUUUGGACGGAGAAGAAAACUUGCGAUGAGAAGGAAGUCUUGAAGAAUCUCCCAGACAAGCUCAAAGCUGAGAUAGCCAUCAACGUCCAUUUAGAUACCCUGAAGAAGGUGCGGAUCUUCCAGGAUUGUGAAGCUGGACUUCUCAUCGAGUUGGUGUUGAAGCUCCAGCCUCAGGUGUUCAGUCCUGGAGACUACAUAUGUAAAAAGGGUGACAUUGGCCGAGAAAUGUACAUCAUCAAAGAAGGAAAGCUUGCCGUAGUUGCCGAUGAUGGCGUCACGCAGUUUGUGGUGCUCAGUGACGGUGCUUACUUCGGAGAGAUCAGUAUCCUUGGAAUCAAAGGCAGUAAAGCCGGAAACAGAAGAACGGCCAACAUUCGUAGCGUCGGCUAUUCGGACCUCUUCGCACUGUCUAAAGAUGACCUGGUGGAAGCGCUUACUGAAUACCCAGAUGCCAAAAAAGCCCUGGAGGAGAAGGGAAAGGCCAUCUUAAGGAAAGACAACCUUCUUGAUGAGGCAGUUGCAGGUGCUGGUGCUGAUCCCAAAGAUCUGGAAGAGAAGAUUCACCGUCUAGAGCACAACCUUGAAGUCAUGACUGGUAAAUUUGCCAAGCUUAUGGCUGAAUACACAUCCCAUCAGAGCAAGAUGAAACAGCGGAUCACCAACAUGGAGAACAAAGUGAAAACACUACGGGUAGAAGAUCUGUCGGAAGUUGUCGAGGACAAAAAAGAAGAGGAGAAGACGACAAAAUAGUCAAUAACAUAAAUAACAUAGAGACUGGGCUUAAUGGGGUUUCCUACCCAUGUACAUAUACAAUACCUUUAAACUGUUUAUACUUAUCGAUUUAUACAUUUUACAUGACAUUGUACCUAUUGCCAUAUAUAUGUGUUAAAAUGUAAAGCUGAUGUUGUAUUUAUGCAAUAUGUGCAGUAAGAACAGCUCAGAUUACAGAAAGCAGGGCAUUCAAAAGCAUGGGGUCAGAAUUAUUUUUGAAACCGUAAUAUCCAGAAAUAUUAUCUGUUUUAAAAUGUACUUCUUGUGAUGCAAAACUGAAUUUUCAGCAUCAUUACUCCAAUCUUCUGUGUCACAUGAUCCUUCAGAAAUCAUUCUAAUAUGCUGAUUUGGUGUGCAAGAAAGAUUUCUUAUUAUGAUCAGCAUAACCAAAAAAAGUCACUUAAUCACACUGUAUGAGGUCUACAUUUGUAGUUCAGAAGAGGAGGAAUAAUACUCCAAUUGUUCAUUUGGCACAAGUAUGAGAACAUCAAUUCUAAAUUAAUAUUUAGUUCCUUUGAUGAUGUUCUGAUCCUGCUUAUUAAACAUUACAUUAUUUAAAUAUGACUAAUAGCGUUGCUCAAAAAAAACAACUUGAUAAAAUCAUUCCAUCCAGACACAAGCCAAAACAUUUUACUAUACUAUCCAAAAUUACCCAAAUGUGUUCUUUAAUAAACAUUCUAACAAAUGUUGCUUGUUGAAAGUGUUUUAAAUUGUUUAAUUUUAGUAAACCAGAAGAUGAACUAGAAAUGCUCAACAGAGUAUGUAUUGUGUGUGUGUGUGUCAUGUUAAGGGACCACAAACUGUACUUGUAGAUAUCAUCUGGCAUAGAAAAGGUGAAACUGUGCAUUUAUAAAUUACAAAAAAUUUCAGGCAAACAAAUCCUAAAGUGUGUAAAAUCUGUUAGUUAAUCUUAGAGAUUAAUGUAAAAAAUAUUAAUGCCUUUGAUAUGGUGUUGAAUGUAGGCCUUUCAUGAUAACAUUUUGUUGUUCGAUAUAUUGCCCCAGAAAUAAUUACGCCAAUCGAUAUUAUUGUGAUUUUAAAAACCAUUUUAUGCCAUGAAUAUAAAAUUAUAAUGUAACAGCAUAAAAUGCAAGAGGUCUUACACACUUCUAAAUGACAACAAACUUUUCAUUUUUGAAAAUAUUUAGAUUGUAGAAAUUAUCUAAUUAUUAGUUACCUUAAUAAAUAGUAAAUAAACCUUUUUUUAUUUUUAACCCAAAAGUGCAAAGUAACGAGUAGAAAAAAAAAAAAAAAAAAAAAAACUUUUAUGGAGAUUUUUCCAUCUACAGAUUUUUCCUGGAUAUUCUUUUCUCUGCACAUUAAUGUUGAAAAACACAAUCACUACUUAACAGUCAGAUGUCAGUAUGCACAAAAGCACAGUUCCCCUAAACAAGCCAAAUCUGCAGUUUAAACUUUUUUUUGUGGAAGCAUGUUUUAAAUUUUAACUAGCUCUUCACAACUACACCACAUUAUGAACGAGAAGCUGGAAAAGACACAGGCGCAAGCGGAAUUUAUAAAACAUGAUGACACAUUUAAGUAAAUAUAAUGGGCAAUAUAUUGCAACACUAAAAAUGGUUGAGGUCAUGUACAUAUAUUGCAUGAUAAGUCGAUAUAUUGAUUAUUGUGACAGGCUAAGCUGUAUUUGUUCAAAUGGACAUG